UUGCUACCUUUUCGAUUCUCAGCAUACAACCUCAGGCUCUAUAUUUAUGCCCACAAAUAACGCACAUUCCCAAAUGCUCAACUCUAAACCUUGUCUCAACUACUGCAACUCUUAAGACACAGGGAUGAGACCUGAAAUUUUGACUUUGAUAUACUCCUUGAUUCUCUGCAUUGUCAGCACUGUCUCGUCUGGAGUUUCUGUCUGCAGUACUGAUGGCAUGUCCAUUCGAGGAGGGGAGUACAGUCUCUCAAAUGGAUCAAAUGUGGGCAGUGAACUUUUGUACCACUGUCCUGAUGGUUAUUACCCUUACCCCAAACUUAUGCACAGAUGCCUGGGCCAUAAUCACUGGUCCCCAAGCCCCAGUCGACGAGGCAGUGAGUGCAGGGUCAUGACAUGCCCUGAUCCCAGUGAGCUGAGAAAUGGUGAGGUGUCUCCUGUCCUAUUGCAGUAUGUUGUUGGGGCCCAGACCACUUAUGAAUGCCAUGACGGUUACACUUUCGCCGGCUCCGCCUCCAGAGUCUGCCAGAGUAAUGGGAAGUGGAGUGGUGACACGCCUAUCUGUGAUCAUGGCUCUGGACAUUGCCGUGACCCUGGCGUUCCCCCGGGGGCCAAGCGCAAUGGAAAUAUGCUUGAUAUAGGUGACCGGGUGACCUAUGAAUGUUCUUUAGGACUGAUGCUGCUGGGAUCGAAGGAGAGGAUAUGCCUGGAGGGUGGAGACUGGUCAGGAACUGAGCCUGUCUGUUACAGUAAAAACUACUACGACACCCCAGAGGAGGUGUCCAAGUACUUCUCUACAUCCCUCGAGAAUCGUCUGGCACUAUCUGGCCUAGAUGACAAUACUGAUGGGCAGCAAAUACAAAGGUCCAUCCAGAUGAGGCAGGGAGGCAAGCUCCACAUCUACAUUGCUCUGGAUAAUUCAGGGAGCAUAAGCAGAGAUAAUUUUACUGUGGCCAAAGACUGUGUUAAAGCCCUCAUCAACCAGAUAUCUUUUUUUGAAGUCAUCCCGAGGUACGGAAUUCUGACCUUUGCUUCUGAGGUCAAUGAGAUUGUUGAUAUCUUCUCUCCUUCCUCACACUCAGACAUGGUUUUACAGAAUUUAAAUAAUGUCACCUAUGGUAAAUUAAAGGGUACUGGAAGUAACCUCUCAAGGGUAUUUAAAAAAAUCCUUGAAAAGAUGGCUGUCUUUAAGGAACGAAAUGAGCUUGAAGAUACACAGCAGGCCAUUAUUAUGUUUACAGAUGGAAAGACUAACAUGGGGGGAAGUGCAGAGCCCACUGUUAUCAGGAUUAGGAACCUGAUGGAAGAAAUACAUGGUGAAGACUGGCAGAAAUAUCUGGAUAUUUAUGUUUUCGGUGUGGGGGCAGCAAUGAACGAGGAGGAAAUCAACAAGUUGGUGUCGAAGAAGAGUUCAGAAAGGCAUUUCUACAAACUAAGAGAUGACACCAAACUGACAUCCUUGUUCAAGAUGAUUAUAGAUGAGAGUAACAGUGUAGACCUGUGUGGUCUAUCCUGGGACCGUGAUGGUGAUGAUUCCACCACAUCCAAACGGCAAGAAUACCCUUGGGUAGUCACAAUCUCUGUCUUGGUCGGAAAUGAGCAUAGCUCUUGCAUGGGUACCCUUGUUACGCCUAGAUUUGUCCUUACAGCUGCUCACUGUUUCAGGGAUAAGCAGAUAGAUAUGAUUAAAGUGAAGGUCUCCGACCAGGAAGAUAUGACGUUGGAGCAGAAACCUAUAAUUCAUCCAGAUUAUGAUGUCUUUAAGAAGAAGGACAAAGGGGUUUCAGAGUUUUAUGACUACGAUUUGGCACUCUUGAAGUUGAGUAGUGAUGUCCAAAGGUCUAAAUAUAUCAGGCCCAUCUGUAUUCCUUGUACUAUAUCCUCCAUCCGUGCGUCAGGUCUCCAUACAUCAACAACCUGUAAGGCGCAAGAGGAAUUCCUAUUGAAUCAGAAUUCUGUACCUGCCAGAUUCAUGUCUGAGUGGAAGGGUCAGAUGUACGAGAAGGAUGUUCAAAUCAAAUUGAAAGAAAAGAGGGAGAGCUGUAUUAAGGAUGCAGAGGAAGCUGAGGGCAUUACAAACUACAAGGAGGCUGUGACUAAGAACUUCCUGUGUACAGGAGGGACAGAAGACAAAGUUGAGGACAUUGCCUGCAAAGGUGACUCUGGUGGCGCCCUGUAUCUGAAAAAUCAAAAACGUCGGAUUCAGGUGGGUGUAAUCAGCUGGGGAGUUAAGGACGACCUGUGUAUGGGUAAUAUCCCAAAGCCUCUUUCAACUGCAACUACUAGAGAUUACCACAUUAACCUAUUCCGAAUGCAGAAGUUCCUCAAGGAGCACCUGGGAGAAAAAAAAAUUGAAACUAAUUAUGAGCCUUUAAAAUUUGUUGACUGAUAAUCAUAUGUGUAACUUGCAUACAUACUUGCUAAAUACAGUAGGCCUAUAUCAACAAUUCAAAUAAAAUGUAGAAGUUGUGCCCAUGCAGAAGUUGUGAAGAGUAGUUCGUUAUUUUCAGUCAAUGUGAUUUUGUUUGUAUGUUUAUUGUAGGAAUAUGAAAUUAAUGUCUGCAACGGUUUAGAUUUUUACUACAAAUGAACAUGAUUUGGUUUAGUUCAAAUGUGUGUUUGUUGACAGUUCAGUCAAAUAUCUAAUGAAAAUCUGCCGUCUUUGACCUGUUGUGUAGUUGGUUAUGCAUCAAAACACAAUGAUUGUCUUUGGACUUUACUUUGGUCAAGACCCAAAAGAUAGUUUUACGGUAAGGGGCAUGUCCUGGUUAAUUUUCAACCCAGUUCCGAGAAAUUAUUUUGAAUUUUGCCAGUGGAGAUGACAGUUGUGACUGAUGUUUUGUGUGUCAUUGUUAGAUUACAGUGGCUUUUGGGCAAGGCAUUUUUAAAAAAUCCAAUUCCUUUUUUAUUUCAAUCUAUGUGUGUACAUCUUCUUAUUCUAAAUCAGGGAUGGGCAACUUUGAUGGGGGUGGGGGCCACAUAUCCGGCACUCAUCAUGAGGAGCCACAGUGGUUCGUGGGUUUGCAUACCCACAUCCAUACCCCCCCCCCCCUCCACCUUGUGAAAAAAAAACAUUUUAGCAGCCCCUCCAAUCAAAUCAAAUCAAAUUUUAUUGGUCACAUUCACGUGUUUAGUAGAUGUUAUUUGGAGGCCCUGCAGUUGUGGGCAGUGCAGUUGCCGUACCAGGAAGCGAUGCAGCACAACAGGAUGCUCUCAAUUGUUCAUCUGUAAAAGUUUGAGGGUUUUAGGUGACAAGUCAAAUUUCUUCAGCCUCCUGUCUGUGUGGGUGGACCAUUUCAGUUUGUCAUUUAGUUCAGUUACCUUGCGUUCUUGGUUAAUGACAGGGAUGAGAAACAUUUUCCGUUUUAAAGUUAAUUUCCAACUCUGCACACUUGGCCAUGGGGCAUAGAGAGUUUUUCCAUUUUAAAGCAAGUUUUCUGCAAUUCUACACAUUUUGCCAUGCGGUGGAGAGUUAAAUGUGUAGUUUUACAGCUAAUUUCCUGCAAUUCUACACAUUUUGCCAUAGGUUGGAGGCAAAUGUUUGCAGUUUUUAAUAUGAUAACUGAUUAUCAAUGGGUCCCACCCCUGUCGGUAAUUCUGCCAUGCUUACUACAAGUUUAGAUAGCUGGCCGCAAGACUAAUUUACCAAUCUAAAAAUGUUUUGCUGACAUGGGCUAAAUGAGUGACUGCUGAUGCACAACCGAAUUUCGAAAUUGCACCUUGUGUAUUCUAUUAUUAUUGAAUAAAAUUAAAUGUGUCAAA